GCGGAAGCGGGAGAUGCACCCGGAGCGGCCGGCGUCGCCGCGGAGCGCCGCCCGGCGGGGCCGCGGCCCCUGAAGCCCACGUGCAGCGCCGACCCUCGGAGCGCCCCGCCCGGCGCAAGGACUCGGCCCCGGAGCCAGCCCGCCAGCCAGCGAGGGAGGAAGGAAGGAAGGAAGGCAACUCCCAGCCUCCGCGUCCCGCCCUCCCCGCGCCGGCCUCCGGGCCGGACCAUGCCCAGGACAGCGGCGGCCGCGCAGACGGGAGCGCCCGGGCCGCGCGGCGGCGAGGAGCGCCGGCCGUGAGUUCCCGGGGGCCCCCGGUUCAUGCUUCCCGGAGGCGGGCCUCCGCAGCGCCGCCCCGCGCCCGCGGGCGCCCCCCGCGCCGCCCCGCGCCCCCCGCCCGCGGCGGUGCAUGGCAUGAUGGUGCGCGGACGGCGCCGCGGCCCCAGCCAGCCGGGUCGCGGCGGCGGCGGGGUCCCCAGCGGCAUGCCAGUGCCCCCCGGGCGGCGCGAUGGCUAGCGGCGGCGCCGCGAAGCCCAGCGGCCAGGCGGCUUCUCCCGCGCCGGGCGCCGUCGGCGGGGCCGGCGCGCAGCCGCGGAAGAGGCUGGUGACCGUGUGCGACCUCUGCAAGGCCAAGAUGCAGCUGGUGGCCGACCUGCUGCUGCUGUCCAGCGAAGCCCGGCCGGUGCUCGCCGAGGGCCCCGCGGGCGCCGAGUCCUUCGAGCAGUGCCGAGACUCCAUCAUCGCGCGCACCAAGGGCCUCUCCAUCCUGACGCACGACGUGCAGAGCCAGCUCAACAUGGGCCGCUUCACCGAGGCGGGCGACAGCCUGGCCGAGCUGGGCGAGCUGGUGGUGGCCCUGACCGAGUGCUCGGCCCACGCGGCCUACCUGGCGGCCGUGGCCACGCCGGGCGCGCAGCCCGCGCAGCCGGGCCUGGUGGACCGCUACCGCGUGACGCGCUGCCGCCACGAGGUGGAGCAGGGCUGCGCCGUGCUGCGCGCCACGCCGCUGGCCGACCUCACGCCGCAGCUGCUGCUCGAGGUGUCGCAGGGGCUGUCGCGCAACCUGCGGCUGCUGACGGACGCGUGCGCGCUGGCCAGCGACGGCUCCCGGGACCGCUUCGCGCGCGAGCAGUUCAAGCUGGGCGUCAAGGGCAUGAGCGCCAGCGCCUCGGCGCUGCUGGCCUGCGUGCGCGAGGUGAAGGCGGCGCCCAGCGAGCUGGCGCGCAGCCGCUGCGCGCUCUUCUGCGGGCCGCUGGUGCAGGCCGUGGGCGCGCUGGUGGGCUUCGCCACCGAGCCGCAGUUCCUGGGGCGCGCGGCGGCCGUGAGCGCCGAGGGCAAGGCGGUGCAGACCGCCAUUCUGGGGGGCGCCAUGAGCGUCGUGUCGGCCUGCGUGCUCCUGACCCAGUGCCUCAGGGAUCUGGCCCAGCACCCCGACGGGGGCGCCAAGAUGUCAGACCACAGGGAGAGGCUGCGGAGCUCGGCCUGCGCCGUGUCUGAAGGCUGCACCCUGCUAUCUCAGGCUUUACGGGAGAGGUCUUCGCCCCGGACUUUACCGCCAGUGAAUUCCAAUUCUGUGAAUUAGCGCCCCCCGACUCCCGCCCCGGGCCGAGAGAAGAUGGAUGGCGACCCUGCGCCCCCCUCCGUGUAUACCAAAGAGAUCCUGAGCGCGCCCCUCCCUUCCCCUCCGAGGCUGUGGAGGGGUCUCCGAGGGCGGAGCCGUGCGCCCGCCCCGCACCCCUGCGCGCCCGGCCCAGCCCGGGAAACUCGAGAUGGCGAUCGUGGUGGCAGCGGCGCCCCUCACCCGGCACCCCAACUGCGGACCAUUGGGCGGGAAGGUGGUUCAUUUCUUCUUCCUUUUAAUCAAAAGAAAGGUUACCUCAGUUUUCACUCCCUAGACAUGGAUGUAGCUACCUUUUUUGUAUGUCGUUAUUUUUUGUUGUUGAUAGGAGUAUACUUGGUGUGGGAAGGAUGCCUUUGCCAUGUGGUUUGGAGACGGGGGAGAGCUACUGUGAGCGUGUGUUAUUUUAUAAUUUACACUAUAGAGUGAUUCCCCCCCCAUGUCAAGUUUUUACCUUGCAUGUACUGGAGUAUUUAUUUCAUCUAUUAAAUGUUAUGUUUCUCA